AUGAGCCUCCAGUCCCCACACGUACUGCGCAAUCUGGCCAUUCAGAGCCUGCUAAGAGACAAAGCCUUGGCCAUGGAGGCCGUGGAACAUUUGCCUGGCGAGCUCUAUCCACCAGUAUUCAUGGAGGCCUUCAGCAGGGGACACACUGAGCUCCUGCAGGCCAUGGUGCAGUCCUGGCCCUUUCCCUCCUUGCCACUGGGAGACCUGAUGAGCAUGAGGGACCCAGACACAUUGUUCACUCAUCAGCACCCCGUCCGAGUGGAGGAAAGGAUGUUCCAUGCUGUGCUUGAUGGGCUCGGUGUGCUGCUCAGCCACAAGCCGUGCUCCAGGAGUUCCAAGCUGCAAGUCCUUGAUUUGCGGGUCAUGAACCACAACUUCUGGAGGGUCUGGGGUGAGAACAACUUGGAAGUCUGCUGUUCACCAGGCAUGAGGAGCAGAGAAACAGAGAAGAUGGGCCCAAACGAAGUAAAGAAGAAGCCCAUCAGGGUCCUUGUGGUCUUGUGGCUCAGCCAGGAAUGGCUGUGUCCUUUGGAGACCUACCUGCUCAAGUGGAUCCAGAAGAGGGAAGACCUGGUGCAGCUGCAUUGCACGAAGCUGGGUAUUAGAGCCCCGUGCUUUCGACGGCUCAGGAAGCUGCUGUCAAGGUUGAGCCUUGAGCCUGUGCAGGAGCUCGAUGUGGGUCACCAUUGGACAAUCUUCGCCUUGGCUCGUUUUGCUCCUUUCCUGGGCCAGAUGAGGAAUCUUCAGAGACUCACACUCUCUGCAAUCAAAGUUCCUGCCCUCAUCACCCCAAAGAGGAGAGAGCAUUUGUUCUCCCAAAUCACAUCACAAUUUGGAAAGCUGCAGUGUCUGCAAGAGAUUUACAUGAACUCUGUGCAAUUCCUUGAAGGCCACUUGGACCAGGCACUCAGGUGCCUAAGUUACCCCUUGCAGACCCUGUCCUUAACUCACUGCCAGCUUUCCCAGUCGGAUUGGAAUCAGCUUCCUCACAUGGAGCAGAUCAGAAAACUGAAACACUUCAAUUUGAGUUGCAUCAAACUGUCUGACUUUAGUCCUGAGCCGCUCCGAAUUCUGCUAGACCAUAUGGCACCCACCCUGACCACUCUGCACUUGGAAAACUGUCACAUCACACAUGCGCAGCUCCAGGCUAUUCUGCCUUCCCUGCUCUGCUGCUCCCAGCUCAAUACCUUCUGCUUCAUCAGGAAUUACAUGAGCACGGGCACCAUGAGGAACCUGCUUUGCCACACUGCCAGGCUCAGCAACUUGAAGCAGGAGCUGUACUCUGUUCCACAAGAGUUCUAUGUUCCCAGGCAUGGUGCCCACAACCAAAUGAGGGAACAAGUUCAUCAAGACCUCGAAUGGAUCAUGAGGCCUCUCCACCAUCCCAGAACAGUCUACUUUUGUACCUUUCACUGUGAACUCUGUUGCAGCCAGAAAUUCUUGAAAAUUCACCCCAAUCCGUGCUCGGCCUGUAUCCCCAUCAAAUGA